GAAAAACCUAAUGUGGGCAGUACUUUUUUUGCAAAGCUAUAGAGAUACGUCCUUAUUUUGCACAUACCCAUUUACAGAGGGAUACAGAAUUACAGAGUUUGAAUUGAAAUAAAGCACAAAUUUAUCCAGAAAUAGAGCAUAAGAAGCGUGGAAAAUUGAAUGAACAGGGGAUUUGUGGUUGACUUGUUAAUGCUUGCAAGUGAGACUGUCAAAGCGGGAUUGACAAAGAAAGUAGAGUAAUGCUCCAGUUGUUUGAAGCAAUAUAACCUAUCCUUGGACAUACUUUGAAGGAGAAUCUUUGUCGUGGACAAUAUGUCUCCCAGAGAGGAGCCAUAGUUGUCCUGACAGGAGCAUAAGCCAUUAAGCUCUAUUUUUGCAGCGCUCAACAUUCUUCACUAUGUCAGUGGUGAAUCCUUUUAAGAAGUUAGUCUCUUGUGUUAUCCUUGAUUUGGAUGGCACACUUAUUAACACAGAUGGCAUUGUGACGGAUAUUCUAAAGCUUUUUCUGGUUAAAUAUGGAAAGCAAUGGGAUGGUAGAGAAGUUCACAAAGUAGUUGGGAAGACACCCGUGGAAGCUGCGGCUGUAGUUGUGGAAGAUUAUGAGAUUCCCUUAACCAAAGAAGAAUUGCUUUCACAAAUUACACCAAUGUUUUCAGAGCGGUGGUCCAAUAUUAAAGCUCUUCCAGGUGCAGAUCGAUUGAUUGAUCAUUUCAAGAGUCAUGGUGUGCCCAUGGCUUUGGCCUCUAAUUCUCCCAAGUCAAACAUAGAGGCAAAACUUUCUUAUCAUAAAGGUUGGAAGGAGUCAUUCUCUGCUAUUAUAGGGGGUGAUGAAGUUACAGCUGGAAAGCCAAAUCCUGAAAUUUUCCUUGAAGCAGCGAAACGACUUGGAGUAAAUCCAUCCAGGUGCCUUGUCAUUGAAGAUUCAUUAACUGGCGUUAUUGCUGGUAAGGCUGCUGAAAUGGAAGUAAUUGCCGUGCCAUCUCUUCCCAAACAGUCCCAUUUAUAUAAUUCAGCUGAUGAGGUUAUUAAUUCACUUCUUGAUUUGCAUCCGGAAAAGUGGGGCCUGCCUGCAUUUCAAGAUUGGGUAGAAGGAACUUUACCCAUAGACACUUGGCAUAUUGGGGGUCCCGUCAUUAGGGGAUUCGGGCGUGGCUCAAAGGUGCUAGGUAUCCCUACAGCAAAUUUAUCCACCAAGGGUUACUCAGAUCUGCUUUCAGAACAUCCAUCUGGCGUGUAUUUUGGGUGGGCUGGUUUAUCUACUCAUGGUACAUACAAAAUGGUUAUGAGCAUUGGUUGGAACCCAUACUUCAAUAACACUGAGAAGACCAUAGAGCCAUGGCUGCUACAUGACUUCAGUGAGGACUUCUAUGGGGAAGAAUUGCAUCUUGUUAUUGUCGGAUAUAUACGGCCUGAGGCUAACUUUUCAUCGCUUGAGAGCUUGAUUGCAAAGAUUCACGAGGAUGGUAGAAUUGCAGAGAAUGCACUUGAGCUCCCUCUGUAUGCCAAGUACAAAGAUGAUCCCUUCCUGAACAAUUCAUGAUUUAUCUGAGGAAGGAGUACAGCUGGUUGGUUUCUUAAUUUGAGUGAACCUGUGAUCACCAUAUAUCUCAUGUGCCAAUGGUUGCCAGUUGAGCAUGAAUGUAAAGGACUACAGUGGGGGUGAGAAUGUGAGAUAGACUCACACAUUUAUUCCAUAUAUAUACAAAAGCUAAUUAUUUGAAUAUAGAUCUCUUCAUAACUAAGCCAUUUCAUCAAUAUAGCUAUAUAGGCCACAAUUUUGACUUGAGAAGAUUCAGCUAAACAUGAC